AUGCAGCGCGCAUUGAGCACCCGGGCUCGGGCUUCCGUCCUCUCCUCAGCGGCUACCAAGUACCGAGCUGGCAGCCUCAGCCAGCAGGUCCGAUUUGCUCACAAGGAGCUCAAGUUCGGUGUUGAGGGCCGUGCUGCUCUCCUCGCUGGUGUCGAUACCCUAGCUAAGGCGGUUGCUACUACCCUCGGUCCUAAGGGCCGAAACGUCCUCAUUGAGUCCAGCUUUGGAUCUCCCAAGAUUACCAAGGAUGGUGUGACCGUUGCCCGCGCUGUCAGCCUCAAGGACAAGUUCGAGAACCUCGGUGCUAAGCUCCUCCAAGAUGUUGCUUCCAAGACCAACGAGGUUGCUGGUGACGGUACCACCACCGCUACUGUUCUCGCCCGUGCCAUCUUCUCCGAGACCGUCAAGAACGUCGCCGCUGGCUGCAACCCUAUGGACCUCCGCCGCGGUAUCCAGGCUGCUGUUGAGGCCGUCGUCGAGUUCCUCCAGAAGAACAAGCGUGAUAUUACCACCAGCGCUGAGAUCGCUCAGGUCGCUACCAUCUCCGCCAACGGUGAUGUCCACAUCGGCCAGAUGAUUGCCAAUGCCAUGGAGAAGGUCGGCAAGGAGGGUGUCAUCACCUGCAAGGAGGGCAAGACCGUUGCCGAUGAGCUCGAAGUCACCGAGGGUAUGCGAUUCGACCGUGGCUUCGUCUCCCCCUACUUUAUCACCGAUACCAAGUCCCAGAAGGUCGAGUUUGAGAACCCUCUCAUCCUUCUCUCUGAGAAGAAGAUCUCUGCUGUUCAGGACAUUAUCCCUGCUCUUGAGGUCUCUACACAGCAGCGACGACCUCUUGUCAUCAUUGCUGAGGACAUUGAGGGUGAGGCUCUCGCUGUUUGCAUUCUGAACAAGCUCCGUGGCCAGCUCCAGGUUGCCGCUGUCAAGGCCCCCGGCUUCGGUGACAACCGCAAGUCCAUCCUCGGCGAUCUUGCUAUCCUCACCGACGGUACUGUCUUCACUGAUGAGCUUGAUAUCAAGCUUGACAAGGCCACCCCUGACAUGCUCGGCUCUACCGGUUCUAUCACUAUAACAAAGGAGGACACCAUUGUCCUGAACGGCAGCGGCAGCAAGGACGCCAUUGCUCAGCGAUGCGAGCAGAUCCGUGGCGUCAUUGCUGACCCUACCACCUCUGAGUAUGAGAAGGAGAAGCUCCAGGAGCGUCUUGCUAAGCUCUCUGGUGGUGUCGCCGUCAUCAAGGUUGGUGGCUCCUCCGAGGUUGAGGUCGGCGAGAAGAAGGACCGAUUCGUCGAUGCCCUGAACGCCACCCGUGCCGCCGUUGAGGAGGGUAUCCUGCCCGGUGGUGGUACUGCUCUUAUCAAGGCCUCAGCCCACGCUCUUAACGAGGUUCCUACUGCCAACUUCGACCAGCAGCUCGGAGUCAGCAUCGUCAAGAACGCCAUUACACGCCCUGCCCGAACCAUCAUCGAGAACGCCGGUCUUGAGAGCUCCGUCGUUGUCGGUAAGCUCACUGACGAGCACGCUGGUGACUUCAACAAGGGUUUCGAUAGCUCCAAGGGCGAGUACGUUGACAUGAUCAACGCCGGUAUCCUUGACCCCUUCAAGGUCGUCCGCACUGGUCUCAUCGAUGCUAGCGGUGUUGCCUCUCUUCUGGGCACCACUGAGGUUGCCAUCGUUGAUGCCCCCGAGGAGAAGGGAGCUGGUGGUCCUCCUAUGGGCGGCAUGGGUGGCAUGGGAGGAAUGGGCGGUAUGGGAGGUAUGAUGUAA